AUGGAGUGGUUUCAAGUGUUGGGAUUUCUUGGAUUAUUUGUCGUUUUCAAUGGAGCCCAGAGCACACCAAGGCCCAGCAUGGCCCCCGGCCCUUCAUACCUGAUCUCUGUUCCGAGGGUGCUACGGCCUGGUGUCCCCAUCACACUAUCAGUCACUAUCCUCACCAAGGCGGUGGAAGUCCAAGUCGUUACUGAGAUUGUUAAUGGUAAUAACACUGUUGUCACAGAAACAACCAUAAUUCAAGGAGGUUCUACUGAGGUGCUGGUUCUUUCACCGAUCCCUGACAGUGAACUGAGCUAUUGGCACCCCUACACGCUGGUGGUCAAGGGCUAUGUCGGGAUGGGCAAUAUGGUGUUCACCAACUCUACGGUCCUGCGUUUUAACCCCAAAAGCUCAUCCACGUUUAUUCAGACAGACAAGGCCAACUACAGGCCUGGGCAGGUUGUGAAGAUCCGGGCAGUGUCCAUUUACCCAGACGGCAAGCCAUAUAAGGGCAAGAUAGACAUUAUCAUUAAGGAUCCUAAGGCAAACAUGAUCCGGCAGUGGUUGUCAUUGGACAGUGUUCUGGGCGUUCUGUCCCAAGAGUUUCAGCUGUCUAAGAAUCCAUCCCUUGGCAAGUGGACCAUUGUGACUUCUGUCAAUGAAGUUGUGAGUGAAAAACAAUUCAACGUGGAGCAUUAUGUGCUGCCCAGGUUUGAGGUGUGGAUAGAGGCUCCCAGUGUCCUUCAUCAUGAUGAUACUCUCUGGGGCAUGGUCACUGCUAAAUACAUGUAUGGGAAGCCUGUGCGAGGUCACAUGAACAUAACCUACUUGCAUCGUUUUCAUGGCAUCGGUAUGAGUUCUGAUGAUCAUAAAGAGAUUCACGGCUCGACGGAGUUCUCUUUUGAUGUGCCUGACUACCAGGCCAUGUAUAAACGAUCUGCAGACAACAUGUAUGAGGAUUAUGAGAACGAUGAGUUUCUUACCAUCAUAGUUUAUGUCACAGAGUCCCUGACAGGACUGACCUAUCACAGCACUAUGGAGGUGGGUGUGGUUAAAUGUAGAUAUAACCUUGCCUUCCGUGGAUACCCCAGCUAUAUAAAGCCCUCUUUGAACUUCACCGCUGAGCUGAAAAUAUCCACGUACAACAAGUGGCCCCUGACUCGAGAGGACCAGGGGAAGACUGUUACAAUCUCUGUAACACAGCAAAGGCACAGUCCAUGGAGCUGGAAGCUGGACGACUUGGGGUUAAUGCUGCCUCGUGUGUUGCUAAACUCUACUGGUCCUGGCCUCCCUCCAAUGCCAGAUGAGAUACCAGUCCAGACAAUGGUUUUACCUGUGCCUGCAGACGGGGUCAUCCCCAUUCACAUACAGCUCUCAGAUAAGGUGGCAACACUCACUGUAGAUGCUUCAUUCAAGGACGGCUAUAAGAUGCUACAGGUCUAUAGCAGCUACAAGUCCCCCAGUAAAUCGUACCUGCAGAUCCAGAAGUCCCGUUCAACUCCACAGGUGAUGUCCAGGGGACAGGUGCUGUCUUCUGGAAGAGGCAGCUCUUCUUCCCUCACCCUGACCCCACAGGAGUCCUGGGCUCCCUUGGCCUGCAUUGUCGUAUACUGUGUACAUUCCGAUGGAGAGAUCUUCAAUGAUGCACUGCAUGUUCCCAUCGCCCAAGAUCUAAAAAACAAGGUGUCUCUGAGCUGGAGUGAGGACAGGGCCAGGCCUGCUGAUGAGGUGUCUCUCAAGGUGUCUGUUGCUGAGCCCGGUUCACUGGUGGGGAUUCUGGUGGUGGAUCAGGCAACGCGCUGGCCGCACUCACACAAUGACAUCACCAAGGACAUGGUGCUGGAGGAGAUGGCAGAAUACGACAGAAAGACGACAGGCGACAUGAGAAUGGGAGAUCCCUACUCUGUUUUUACGACAUCUGGCAUCAUGGUUUUGACAGAUGCCAAGUUGGAGAAGAUGGGGGAGCAAUUGAGACCUCAAUUUCCAGGGGAGGGAAUCCAAUUGCCUGGAGAUGAGGGGGAUGAUAUGGAACAGGAGGAGCAGGAGCCUCGGGAACGCAGGGACUUCCCUGAGACCUGGCUGUGGCUGGACACCAACACAGGGGAUUCUACCACAGCUGAGUUCCCUCUGACUUUACCGGACAGCAUUACUACCUGGGUAGCCACUGCCUUUGUCAUGUCUGCUGAUCUGGGCCUAGGCAUCAUUGAGACCCCUGCAAAGCUCACAGUGUUCCAGGACUUCUUUCUGUCCUUGAAUUUACCUGCUUUCAUCAUCCGAGGAGAGCUGCUGGUCGUGGAGGUCACUCUCUUCAAUUACCUCGAACAGGAUCUCGAGGUGAUGGUGAUUGUUUCCCAGAGUGACUCGUUUGAGUUUGUCUUCCCGGACAAUGAGGAGCUCUCUAUGGCCAGUACACGUACUGUGUCUGUGGGGAGUCAGAACGGAACCUCUGUCCUAUUUCCCAUCAGGCUACUGGUCCUGGGGGAGAUCCCAAUCUCGGUCGAAGCCAAAUCGUCUGUGGCCUCUGACGCCGUCCGCCGGAUGGUUCUGGUCAAGCCUGAAGGACUUGAGCAGUCUUUUUCGAAGACCAUGUUUCUGGAGCUGGUGGGGUCAGAGAAAAGCCUUUCCAGGGAAGUGGCGUUCACCUUCCCUGCAGAUGUUGUGGAGGGCAGUCAGCGAGCACAAGUGACUGCAGUCGGUGACAUCCUUGGACCGUCCAUCACGGGCCUGGAGUCCCUCAUCCAGAUGCCUUCUGGUUGCGGGGAGCAGAACAUGAUCCACUUUGCUCCCAACAUAUAUGUCAUCCAGUAUCUGACCGCGUCUGGACAAGCUGACCACGAUACCUUGAUUAAAGCCACGUCUUACAUGAUGAAAGGAUAUGAACGUGAACUGUCCUACCAGAGAGAUGACGGUUCCUUCAGUGCUUUUGGGGAUAGUGACUACUCUGGAAGCACAUGGCUCUCUGCGUUCGUACUGAAGUGCUUCCUGCAGGCGAGGCCCUUCAUCUCCAUUGAUGGCAGAGUGCUGGUCAGUACCGCCGCCUGGUUGGGGGCCCAGCAGGGGAAGGAUGGGGCCUUCUUGGAGCCCGGCCGGGUCAUUCACACUGAGCUCCAGGGAGGCCUGGAUGGCCCUGUAUCUCUCACAGCCUACGUUCUCAUGGCUCUACUGGUGGAUGACAUCUACAAGGUGGGAGUUUCCGGGGCCCUGGUGUUUUUGGAGACCAGGCUUGCUCUAGGCAUCUCCAGUAACUACAGCCUGUGUCUGGCCACCUAUGCUCUGUCCCUGGCCAACAGAGAGAGUGCAGAACGAGCGCUGGCACAGCUGAUGGGACGAGCAGAGAUGAAGGACGGUGUUCCAUCCUGGAGUUCAUCAGGCAUAGGGCUUUCUGAGUCGUGGCAGCCACGCUCCGCAGACAUCGAAAUGGCUGCCUACCUGCUGCUCUCCCUCCACAAGCUAUCAAGGCUGGAGGAGGGCUUCAGCCUCAUGAAGUGGCUCAGCCAGCAGAGGAACUACUUGGGAGGAUACAGCUCCACACAGGAUACAGUGAUAGCCCUGCAGGCCUUGUCUGAGUACGCAGUCUACAGUGGGUCUCAACUCAUCAAUCUCCACAUUACAGUCAACACAGCACCCUCAACCACAGUGGCCAGCUUCCACAUCAACUACACCAACUAUUUGCUAUACCAAAGCCGAGAGUUUAAUGUGUUUUACAAUUUAGAGAGCAGAGGGUUGUCACGGAAAUGGAGAGACACUGCACAGGAGGCUUUUGAUUUGCACAUAGAGUUGUUUGACACGAACAUGUACUACAUCCAUCUUUACAUUUGCACAAGUCUGUUGGAGGGCCAAGGCAUUAAUCAGACUGGCAUGGCCAUUCUAGACGUGGGCCUUCUCAGUGGCUUCAUCUUGGCUCAGGAUGGCAUCGAGACCAACGAUGUGGUUCGGAGAGUGGAAACGCCUCCGGGAAAAGUCAUUCUCUACCUGGACUCUGUGACAACAGAGGAGAUGUGUGUGAAAGUCCCUCUAGUCAUGGACUUCAAGGUUGCCAACGUCCAGGAUGCAACGGUUCUCAUCUAUGAUUACUACGAGCCCCGGAGGAAGACGGUGAGGACAUACCAGUCCUAUUGGAGGUAUGACAUGGGCGCCUGCUCAUUCUGUGGGGAAGACUGCAGCCAGUCGCCUUAUGCCGGGAAAGAGGGGAAAAUUCAGGAAAAACAAUCCAUACAUACAUGUGACCAACUGGGGGCUCUGGGUGAGUCUGGUGCCGACUCACCUGAGGUGUCCGAGCAGUGCUCGGCCUGGCGUCUCGACUCCCUGGAGGACCCCCCCCAGCACCGGUCAGCAGUGUGCCCUCUGCGACCACAGCUGGCACAGGAAAGGCCCCCUCCUCCGGUCGCCCUCGCUGCAGCACCUCCUAGCUCCAUGGGUGUUGGAGUGGUGGAGCUGGGGGAUGGAACUGACAGAGCCCGAUCUGGACGUCCGCGGGUCGCCAGCAAGUUGUCCAACCGAAUGGACAUGUCGAUCAACUGGUCCAAGGAGAGGGUGGUGUCUCUACAGGCCAGCUCCCUACGGACGUCCUCACGCAAACUACACCUAUAG